CAAUUUUGUAUUAAUUGGCACAGUUGUGUAAAAUCAGACAAAUUUCCUCGUACAAACUUUCUCUGCAAAAAUGUUAAAAUUCGUCGGUCUUAUUGUUGCGCUCUGCGCCAUAAUUCAACAAGCCAACGCCGGAGUGGUGGAUGCAUUUAGAUGUGGUGGAUUAGCAACUCAACUACAGCUCAGAAUUAGUGACUGCGAUGGCUACUGUCGCCUCCAGCCAGGACAAAUAUACAAUUGCGAGAAUGACUUUAUGCCAAGUUCUCCUUCUGCUUCGUUGUCACUUCGGAUCGAAAUUUGUAUGAACGCCGGAUUCUGUAUCGUCAUUAUUGACACGGUUCUUCCCAACUCCUCCGUUCAGCCCGGAUUCGUUUACACGGCCAAGUAUUCAAUUGUUCCAAACGAUAUCCUGGCAGGAGAAACAGUCGAAUUCCGUGCCUAUAUAAUGCACUCGGAUGAUCUCCAUGUCGAAGUUUGCGUCGCUGCGGACGUUGAUAUCUUAGAACUUAUCUAAAUAAUGAACGAAAAGAAUAACUCUGUAGCUUCUUGUAUUCCAAAAUAAAGUGAACUUGUAAAAAAAAUGUU